AUGGACGCCCUACUUGCAACCAUUUCACCACCCAAUAACCUCUACCAAACCUGGAAAAGACGACUCGAACCCUUCUUCCCCCAAGCACAAGGCUUCGUAAUCCACGUCGAACGGGACGUCACCACCUACAACAUCCCCCUUGAAAUCAUCUCCAUAACCCGCUGGCACUCCGACAGCUCCUUCGCCCUCAUCUCCGGCGAAGCAACCGGCGACAUCCCCGACUACCGACGCUGCAUGGAAGCAAACCUAGGCACGCCCCACGGGUACAGCAGUAUGCACUGGGGCGCGAUCCUCAAAGCGGUCCACGUAAUGUUCUAUUGCAAUAUGAAUCCCGGCUCGCAGCUGGAAUGUACGGGUUUAUUCCAUGGAGAAUUGGACUUCGAGAGCCCGACUCCUGAUGCGGAGCGGACUUUGAGGAUGAUUAAGGGGACCUUUGCGACCUGGAAGGCCCUCGAUGGCAUCGAUAUGAAUGCGUAUAGUAUUAUUGGCCCUGCGGCGCCGAUUACGUCCAAUUAUGAGGCUCGUGUCGCGAGUGGUGCGGGUACUAGUAGUGGGGAGAAUGAUUCGGAUGAGCGUUCGGGAGAUGUGGGUUAUGUUAGUUCUGCUGAGGAGCAGCUCAUCCCGCGUAUUCAGGAGGUUAGUACUAGUGAUAGUGGGACUGGUAGUUCAACUGAUGAAGUACGCAACGAGGGGGAACGCAGCAACCAAUGA